AUGGAAGCAGCUCACAUCAGCCCAGAGCUUCCUAUUCGAUGGGUUGUUUCUGCAAACAGGACUGUUGAGAUCAAGGAGGAAGUGACUGAGCUGGGGUGCGACCAGGCCAAUGAGCGGAUCCUGCAGGAGGAAACACCACCUUCUAGCAUCGCUGAGAGAGGACCUAAUGCUCCCCUAAAACUCGCAAGGGAAAUCACGCAGGAUGGACUCCCUUUCCCUUGUGCUGAUUGUGGGAAGACAUUCAGUUGUUUAUCAAACCUUAAAAGACACCAGCGCAGUCACAAAGGAGAGAAACCGUAUCACUGUAAUGAAUGUGAGAAGAGAUUCUCUCGAUUAGAACAUCUUACACAUCACCAGCGAAUUCACACAGGAGAGAAACCGCACCGCUGUAAUGAUUGUGGGAAGAGCUUCACUGAAUUAGGAAAUCUUAAAAAACACCAACGAAUUCAUGCAGGAGAGAAACCAUAUCACUGUUAUGAAUGUGAGAUGCGUUUCAAUUAUUUAGCACAUCUUAAAAAACACCAGCAAACUCACACAGGAGAGAAACCACACCACUGUAAUGAAUGUGGGAGGAGUUUCAAUCAAACAGAGAGCCUUAAAAGACACCAGCGCAGUCACACAGGAGAGAAACCACACCACUGUGAUGAAUGUGACAAGAGGUUCUCUCGAUUAGAACAUCUUAAAAAUCACCAGCGAAUUCACAGGAGAGAAACCGCACCACUGUAAUGAGUGUGGGAAGUGCAUUACUGAAUUAGGAAGUCUUAAAGAAACGCCAACAAAUUCAACAAACAAGCCUGUCUCAAAAUCCUGCGUUUACACUUUG